UAGGCCAGGCUUCCAGAAGUUUCCCAGAAAACCAAUGUCUAAAGUCAAGCCACAGAGUUUGUCUGAGAUCACAACUCAGGCCUGAAACAACGCAUUUGGCCACCUGGGAACUAGAAAUUGUAAUUCUGAAAUAAUGGCUGAAGCAAUACCACUGCGAGAAAAGAAGCAGAAAACUCUACCUCGGACAGAUGGGUGUGGUCUGAAUAACUUUGACGCUGUGGAUUUGUCUGGAGGGUUGAGGAUAGUCCUGGUGGGCAAGACUGGAUCAGGGAAGAGUGCGACAGGAAACACCAUCCUUGGGAGAGCUGCCUUUAAAGAGGACCCAAGCCCUGUGUCUGUGACCAAACACUGUGAGACACAGAGCGGGGAAGUGGACGGGACUGUGGUCCAGGUGAUUGACACUCCAGGUCUGUUUGAUACAGCCAUCACAGAGGAAGAAUUAAAAACCAGAAUAGAGGAGUGCGUUAAGAUGUCGGUGCCCGGCCCUCACGCCUUCCUGCUGGUGAUCAGGCUCGGAGUAAGGUUCACGGAGGAGGAAAGAAACGCUGUGAAGUGGAUCCAGGAUAACUUUGGAGAUGAUGCCUCCAUGUACACUAUCAUGCUGUUUACAUGCAAAGAUCAGGCCAAAGCUGACAAUGCUCUGAAGGAGUGCAAGGAGCUGCGGAGACUCUCUAUAACAUUUGGACGCAGGUACCAUGCCUUCAACAACAACGACGCCGAGGACCAAGUACAGGUCAAGGAGCUAAUCACCAUGAUCAAGGAAAUGAUACAGGAUAACGGGGGGAAACACUACACCAAUGAGAUGUACGAGAAAGCCCAGAGGAGGCUGAGAGAGGAGGAGGAGCGGAAGAAACAAGAGGAGGAAGAGAAGAAAGAGGAGGAGAGGAAGAUGUGGGAUGCCGAGAGGGAGAAGAAAGAGAAAGAGAGAGAAAAGGAGAAAAAGGUGAAAAGAAAGACUAUACGCGUCGUGUCGGCCGCGGCUGUUGUGUUGGUGAUAGCUGGGGUGGUUAUAGCAGUGGGAGCCAACACCACGGUGGCUUUGGCCCUCGGAGGUCCGGCGCUCGUCCUGGGAGUGCUGUGUGGUCUAGCUGCCUUCGUCAUGUGGAAGGGUAUAAGAUGCAAAGCCAAAGCAAAUGUUCCAGUAUAACUAGGGUUUAGUGACAAGGACAUGUUGAUCCAUCUGCAGCAUGUGACACCAAUCAGUAGAAGUAUUGCACACCUUACUAUUUACUGUUCGGGACUUGUUAGUGAAUGAGCUUGUCUUGGCCUUUGCUGCAUUCUGCUUCCAGAAUUAUUAAGUUUUGACACGACUUUGCAAUAACAAAAGUAUGUGAAUUGAAUGAAAACAGUAAACAAACGGUAUGAAAUGCAAUACUUGUUUUCUUUUUGUUUGUUUCCUUUCCUUCUCAUUUAUUGUUUGGAGUAGGGAUGCACAUACUUUCAAGUACAAGUAGGCUACAAGUAAAAAUGGGCUACUUACAUUGAUUUGGGUCCUUGCCGUGGGGAGCCCUUAGGCUUUACUGUGUGUGGUUAGUUUACAUAACUCACAGGGAAGGCAAAAUAUGGCAUCUCCGACCCCGGCAGCAGCCAUGGUGUCUGUAAAAGUGAAGCUUCAUGCUACUUCUACAGGCUGUUUCAUGUCCUGGACUGGGACUCCUGUGCUGUGUAUAAAUAAAAAUGUUAUAGUUCGGCGCUCACUGUUUUAAUCACAACCGCUGCACCUUCCUCACGCGUCAUUUUCACAAGUUUGAAAAUAUGUUGUUGGUCCCAUGCCUUCCGCUCUGUAGCAAUGAUGGCGAUUGAUUUUCACUUUUGCACGUUUUACAUUUAACGUUUUGCCGGUUUGAGUGCAGCCUCCGGGUAGUUUGUCAGAGUGAAUGCACUAUGUACUCAAAUUAUCAAGUGUAAGUACGGACGUGCUCAAUUUGAAACACAUGUUGCUGGAUUCCUUUCCAGUGAAAUAUAUCCACACUUUAGAGUGUUUAAGCUAUACUGGUAUCAGUCUCAGUGCAUCCUUAGUUUGGAGCUUACCGUUCAGAUGAAACUCGCAUCAUGAGUUAUACUUGAACAGAUAUUUUCUGGCUUAUGAGAAACACAACCUGAAUCAUAACAGAUACUGUUAGAACAUAUUGACAUGUUGAGCUAUAGAACUAAUAAAGUUUGUAAAUACA